AUGGCCUCCCUCAGCGAAGGGCUGUUCAAGUCCCUGCCCGCUCCGAAGUACACAGGCGAAAAUGAGGAGCUACCAGCUCACGCCCAACGACGCGGACCGAGAGUUGUUGGAGCUGAUGCGAUUGAUGAGACGCAGAUAGUGGUAAAGGUGAGUGAUAAUCCCUUCAGUCACGCUUUAGCUUUCGAUUUUCUAUCCCUUGUUCGUUUUGUCCCUAAUGAAACCGUUCUACGCAUGCAGAGGGCUGGCCCACCACCUUACGGAAAACGCGCAGGAUGGCGACCACGGUCGUUGGAAGAUUUUGGAGAUGGUGGUGCAUUCCCAGAGAUUGCUGUUGCGCAGUAUCCUCUUGAUAUGGGCCGCAAAGACGCGCCGAACAAGUCAAAUGCUCUGGCCUUGCAGGUUGACGCCGAGGGCAAAGUGAAAUACGACGCUAUCGCGAAACAGGGCCAUAAUGAGAAUCGAAUUGUACAUGCGUCUUUUAAAGAUCUUAUACCACUACGGCAAAGAGUAGAUAUGGGGGAAAUAUCACUGGACCGGCCAUCACAGGAAGAAGUUGCUGCGCAAAUGGAGAAGACAAAGGCUGCCCUGGAAAAGUUGGUUACCGGAGCAGUUUCGGCCCAGAAACCGAAGAACGUCAGCACCGGAAAGAGAAACGAGCCUACAUUUGUUCGAUAUACCCCUGCAAAUCAGAUGGGGGAUACCAGCCGAAAGAAUGAUCGAAUUAUGAAAAUCGUGGAAAAACAAAUAGAUCCCCUUGAGCCUCCGAAAUUCAAGCAUAAGAAGAUUCCACGUGGACCCCCAUCGCCACCUCCGCCAGUCCUACAUUCCCCUCCCAGAAAACUCACGGCUGAAGACCAGGAGGCCUGGAGAAUUCCUCCCCCGGUCUCGAACUGGAAGAAUCCAAAGGGUUACACGGUACCUCUUGAUAAACGAUUGGCUGCCGAUGGACGAGGGUUACAGGAUGUUUCGAUUAAUGAUAAAUUCGCUCAGUUUGCGGAAGCGUUGUUCACUGCUGAUCGACAUGCUCGAGAAGAAGUUAAGCAGAGAGCACAGAUGCAGCAGAAACUAGCUGAAAAGGAGAAAGCUAAGAAGGAAGAACAUCUUCGACAACUUGCCCAGAAGGCGAGGGACGCUAGAUCUGGAGCAUCUAAUAGCCGACAUGAAUCUCGCGCCCGGUCCCGUAGCGGUAGCCGAAGCGCUUCACCAUAUUCGUCUAGAUCACCGAGCCCAGAUGAGGAUGACGAAGCUGCUCGAGAACGUGAGAAGAGACGCCGUGAGCGACGACAAGAAGAUGAGCGGAAACUUCGUCAAUCUCGAAUGGGCGCUGAGCGCCGUGUACAGGUCAUGGCUCGAGAACAGAAUCGUGAUAUCUCCGAAAAAAUUGCUUUGGGACUGGCAAAGCCAACACAGAGUAGGGAGACCAUGUAUGAUUCUCGACUAUUCAACCAGACUAGCGGUUUAGAGAGCGGCUUCAACGAGGACCAAGCCUACGACAAACCGCUUUUUGCUGCACAGGAUGCCAUUAACAGCAUAUACCGGCCACGAGCUCAAAUGGACGAUGACGACGAUGAAGCUGCUGGAGGCGCGGAAAUGGAUAAAAUAAGCAAAGGUGGUCGUUUCGAAGUGCUAGGACGUGCAAAGGGAGGGUUUAAGGGGACUGAAGACGCCGAGGCUCGGGAAGGCCCCGUGGAGUUCGAAAAGGAUACCGCUGACCCCUUCGGUAUCGAUGGAAUGAUUGCCGAAGUCACUGGUGGAUCAUCCGGUUCAGGACAGAAGAGAUAUGGUAUCCAGGAAGCAGAGGAGCCAGGCCAGCGGGGAUCCAAGAGAGCACGAGUAGAUGAUGAUGACGACGAAGAUCGUGAUCGAAGAAGAUAA